CCCCUUCAUACCCUCCAGUCAUGUCCCUCUAUCGUGCAGCGACUAACCCGCGCGAGUCUAUCCAGCAGAUAUACUACACCACCGUCGACACAGUCGGUAGUGGUGCCUCGCAAGCGGCAAGUCUGCUCGAAAUCGAUUGGCUCUCUCGUCGACCUGUGCCCAAGUCCCCUGAUGGCCUCUACAGCGACCAGGCAGCCCCGGAGAGCGACGCGGUGAACCCGAAGCAUAGUACUGCUCUGCAGCUUGUGGAGGCCGUGACCGAACGGCUGAGGAAGGGCAUGCCUCUCACCCCGGAUUGGAGCACGUACAAGGCACUUAUGGAUGGGUUGGAGAACAAUAACUGGGUCGGGCUGAACGAUAGGGAGUUCCUGAUGGAGAAGGUGUUGAUUUGCGCAAGCAAGCUCCCGCCUGGAAGUCGCAUGGCCCAGCAGAUGAACAACUUCCUCGUCGGACUGCUGUAUAAUGAUCUUCCCCACCCGCCUUCGACUUUCGUCGGUCCUAGGACGGCUUUUCGCUCUGCCGACGGCUCGGGGAACAACCUGCUCAUCCCUUCCCUUGGGGCUGCACAUACACCUUAUGCACGGAGCGUCACCGGGCAGCACCCGACGACACCUUCCCUCCUCCCCGACCCGGGGUUGAUCUUCGACACCCUCCUGCGGCGGGAGGAGAGGCAGGACCACCCCGCUGGUGUGAGCAGCAUGCUCUUCGCCUUUGCGACGAUCAUCAUACACUCCCUUUUCCGCACAUGCCCUGAGCCCGAAAAGAGGCAUAUCAACGAUACGAGCAGCUACCUCGACUUGAGCCCGCUGUAUGGUGCUGACCAGGCGGCCCAGGAUACGGUGAGGAACAAGGAUGGAAGGGGGAAGCUGUAUGAGGACGUGUUCGCCGAGAACAGGCUGCAUAUACUGCCCCCUGCCGUGUCAGCACUGCUCAUCAUCUUCUGCCGUAACCACAAUUUCACAUGCGACAAGCUGCUGCAGAUCAACGAGCGCGGGACAUGGAAGGACCCCGCACAGCUGAAGGACGACGCCGCCCGGCGAGCGCAAGAUGACGAGAUCUUCAACACUGCGCGGUUGAUCAACUGCGGGUUCCUGAUGAACAUCAUCCUUACCGACUACCUGUCCGCCAUCCUAGGCCUCGUGCGCGAAGGCUCGCAGUGGGUACUCGACCCGCUCGAAUUUGUUCGCAAGGCCGACCACUCCCUCCUCGACCGCGGAACGGGCAACGCCGUUUCAGUAGAAUUCAACUUGCUUUACCGGUGGCACUCGCCCAUCUCGCUCGAAGACGAGAAAUGGACCGAAGGCCUCUUCCGGACCAUCUUCGCCGACGAGCCCAAUAUCGCCUGGGACGAGAUUACCAUCCCGCAGUUUAUGCAGAAGGUGGCUGCGAUCAGCACUUCCGACCAGGAUCCUAGGGACUGGACACUCGAGGGCCAGAAACGGGAUCCUGUGACGGGCAGGUUCUCGGAUGAAUUGCUGGCAAAGCUUUUGCAGGACGCGACGGAGAACUCGGCACAGGCGUUCCGUGCCAGAGGGACUCCUGCGGUCAUGCGCGUUAUCGAGAUGCUCGGGAUUAAGGAGGCGCGCAGAUGGGGCGUGUGCACGUUGAACGAGUUCCGCAAGUUCCUUGGGCUGAAGGAAUACAAAAAGUUCACAGACUGGAACUCGAAUAAGGAGGUCGCUCAUGCCGCUGAGCGCCUCUACGGGCACAUCGACAACCUCGAGCUCUACCCCGGUCUUCAGGCCGAAGAAGCCAAGCCGGUCGUGGACGGUGCCGGCCUCUGCCCGGGGUACACCAUCUCCCGCGGGAUCUUGGCUGAUGCGGUUGCGCUCACUCGUGGAGACCGACAUUUCACGACGGACUUUACGCCCCAGGCGCUGACGGCGUAUGGCUACCAGGACUGCUCGCGCCAGACGGAUAACGGGUCCUAUGGAGGCACACUGGGACGCUUGCUCUUCCGCCAUUUGCCCGACUACUACCACGACGGCGACAUCUACGGCCACUUCCCUAUGAUGGUCCCGAAGAAGAUGCAAGAAUACCUCUCAGUCCUGGACCGUUCCAAGCCGUACAACUUCGACAGGCCGAUCAAGCUCCCCGCUAUUCGGGCUGUCAACUCGUACGAGGGUGUCAAGCAUGUCCUGCGCGAUCAUAGGACGUUCAAGGUCACUUAUGGCCCGAAUAUGAAGUUCCUUACUGAGGGAUAUGGGUUCUUCCUCGCCUUUGACGACCCUGCGAAGCACAAUCGAGAUAGGCAGAUGAUGCAAGACGCCCUGUUCAGCGAUGCGAACGCCUACCGCGUCAUGGGCCAGUACUUCUAUGACAAGACGUGCUCCUUCAUUAGGGAAAAGUCGUACAGCCUCUCGGGACAUCAUCUGCGGUGUGUGGACAUCGUAAGGGAUGUAAUCAACCUCGCUCCCGUACACUGGGUCUCGCGAUAUGUAUCGGGCUUACCGAUCAAGACGAAAGAAGAUCCCAACGCCCCGUUCACGGAGCAGUCCGCAUACCAGAUCUACAUGGUCAUCUUCACGUUCAUCUUCCUCAAUAUCCAGCCCGAAUAUGGCUGGUUCCUCCGGACGAACGCCAAGACCGCGGCUGCUGCUCUCCUGCAGACGAUCGAGCUGCAUCUAAAUGCGAUUUCUUCGUCGCCGAUCUCCAACCCUUUCAAGAUCAUCGACAGUAUCAUGCAUACCCUGUGGGGGGAAGACAUGGAUGUCCACGCCUUCUUCAAGCGCCUCAUCGCCGCGGCCGGGCCCGACCGGCCGGUCAAAGAGCUGGCAUACAACGUCCUAGGUGUAUCAGUCGCCUCAGCAGCCAACUUUGCCCACGCGACCGUGCACGUCGUGAACCUGUACCUGGAGGACAAGUACAAAGCUGCGAGGGACGAUAUCGUCCGUAUUGCCGAGUUGGAGCAUUAUGGUCCUCAGGAGGAGAAGCUCUUGGAGGGAUAUGUGCGCGAAGCCAUGCGGCUCGACCCCCAGGCACCGGGAAUUUUCCGUAACGUCGCUUCUGAUGCGUCGAUCAAGGGGGAGAAAGACAUGCGUGUGCACUCCGGAGAUCGACUCUGGGUGAGCAUGAAGAACGCGCAGAUGGACCCUAACGUGUUCAAAGACCCGGAGACGGUGGAUCCCAACCGGGACCCGAGCCUGUAUCUCAUGUUCGGCGGUGGGUCACACGCGAUGCACAACUGCCUCGGCGACCAGUUCACAAUCAAAGUGAUGCCCUACAUGCUGCGGGCGAUCUUCCGGCUCAAAGGGCUGAAGCGAGGCCCAGGGUCGAGCGGGGUGCUGAACCGCUUUGAGCAGGACUUGUGGGGUACCAAGCAGUUUAUGUAUAUUAGCAGCCAGGGCGUGCAGGAGGGCCUGCCGACCCCUUGGCCGGGUACGAUGGUUUUGCAGUAUCACGACCACUAAAAGCAGCUCAUCCCCAAUGCGGAUCCACGCGACUCCGAUCUUACCGAACUUGUUCCCAAAAUACCAGUCAUUGUAUAUCACCCCUGGCCGCUUGUUCUGUUCAUCUAUGUUGUUUCAUUGUUUCGUGCGACACUGCCUUGCUUGCUUCUUGUAUUGUCCGUACCCG